AUGAAGACCUCUGUGCUCCUAGCAGUGACCUCAAUCUGUUCUGAUGAUUGGUUGAUAGUCAGAAUGAAAAUAAGGCCCUUUGAUAAUGACACAGAAGUUAAAAUUGGUGACAUUAACCUGGGAGAUGGUUGUCCUGUAACAAGGAAGCUCUCAUUCAACUAUGAGUUUUCUUAUCCUGUCGUUUCCUGUGGGAUCAAUAAAUUUGUGUUCUCUGGGAAUGAUGUUUUCAUACUAUCCAAGAUCAAUUACAGACCAACAUUGAAUAUCACCUAUUCGUUUCAGGUGGUUUGCUUUGUGAAGAGGUUUCAAUUAUCUCUGAUGCCUUUUGGAAUGAAUGGGUAUGAUGCCAAUAUGUUGGGUGAUAGCUUUGAAGUGACAAAAGAAAGGCCACCAAUGUCAGCUCCCCCACAAAGCAAAGAAUGUGAACCUAUCUUUAGCAGUUACAGUAAGGAACAACUAUUCAUGAAGCCCUGGACCAAAAAUAUCUGUAUCAAGACUUCCUCUCCUCCCUGA